AUGGAGAGCACAAGAUUAUGCCAAUGGUUAAAGUUAAAUCUUGUGGUGAUUGCAUUAGUAUUUUUAAAGGCAGAAGCUGGUUUUGCACCAAUCACUAUUGUCCAAAGCGCAGUAGCAAAAGGAGCUGUUUGUUUGGAUGGUAGUCCACCAGCUUACAAUUUUCAGAAGGGAUAUGGAACAGGAAUUAACAGUUGGUUAGUUCAUAUGGAGGGAGGAGGAUGGUGCCAUAAUGCCACUACUUGCCUUGCUCGUAAGACGACUCGUUUAGGUUCAUCGACAAAAAUGGGAGAUACACUUGCAUUUUCAGGAAUUUUAAAUGACAACAAACAAUUUAAUCCAGAUUUCUACAAUUGGAACAGAAUUAAGGUUAGAUAUUGUGAUGGUUCAUCUUUUACUGGUGAUGUGGAAGCAGUCAAUCCAGAAACUAAGUUGCACUUUAGAGGAGCAAGAAUUUUUGAAGCUGUCAUGGAGGAUUUACUAGCAAAAGGAAUGAAAAAUGCUCAAAAUGCUAUCAUCUCAGGAUGUUCAGCUGGAGGAUUAACUUCAUUACUGCAUUGCGAUCGUUUUCGAGCUCUUCUUCCCAGAGGAGCUAAAGUGAAAUGUAUCUCAGAUGCCGGUUACUUUAUCAAUGUAAAAGAUUUAUCAGGAGCACAAACCAUUGAGCAAUUCUUCAAUCAAGUUGUUACCACACAUGGGUCUACAAAGAAUUUACCUAGAUCAUGCACUUCAAAACUCAAACCAGAGCUGUGCUUUUUCCCUCAAUAUUUUGUAUCACAAAUCACUACACCAAUCUUCUUUGUAAAUUCGGAAAUCGACUCAUGGCAGAUUAAAAACAUUUUGACGCCGCAUAUGGCUGAUUGGCGUGAAUGCAAGCUAGAUAUAAAGAAAUGCACUCCUACUCAACUAAAUCAAAUCAAUGGCUUUAGAACAGAAUUCCUAAAAGCAAUAACUCCUAUAGGCAACUCUCCAUCCAAAGGAAUGUUCUUAAACUCUUGCUAUAACCACUGUCAAACCGAACUGCAGGAACUAUGGUUGUAUAGUGGCUCUCCAUUGUUGGCCAAGACACCGAUUGCAAAAGCGGUAGCAGACUGGUUUUAUGACAGAAGCCCUUUCCAUCAGAUAGAUUGUGCUUAUCCCUGCAACCCAACUUGUGGUAACCACGUUCUUGAAGUUCUAAAGGAAGAUGAUCUAGAACUAUAAAUUCAUUACAUCAAAAUCAAUUCAUAUACGAAAUAAAUAAAUUUUUCAUCAUUUUUAUAAAACCACAAUGUUUUAACUAGUGACUGAAUAAGAAAAAUAUACGACUUU